AUGGCACCUCUAAAGGUCGGAGACAAGUUCCCUAGUGGCGUCAAGUUCGAAUGGGCUCCCAUCACCGACGACGACCCAACCUCUUGCGGCAGGCCACAGGAGUAUGAUGCCGACAAGGAAUUUAAGGGCAAGAAGGUCGUCCUAAUCAGCGUACCCGGCGCUUUCACCCCCGGCUGCCAGGCAUACCACCUCCCUCCCUACAUCCAGAAGUACGACGAGCUCAAGAGCAAGGACGUGGACAUCGUGGCCGUCAUCGCCUCCAACGACUGCUGGGUAAUGUGUGCGUGGGGCAAGGUCAACCAGGUCAAGGACGACCACAUCCUGUUCCUGGCCGACACCAAGACCAAGUUCUCCGAGAACCACGGCUGGGCUGCUGGGAUGGGCGACCGCAAUGGCCGCUGGGCUAUGAUUAUCGAGAAGGAUGGGACCGUCAGCUAUGCGGAGAACGAGUCUGAUCCGAGACAGGUUACGGUCUCUGGUGCGGAUGCCGUCCUUUCGAAGUUGUAG